CGACGUCCUGCCAACGCUGAAGCCUGCAAGAGCGUUGGCCUUCUGUCACGAUAUUGAAAAACGCCGUAUAUUACAGAGACAGGCUGUUUUCCUCCCUCACACGACCCUAGCCCGUGCCCAAGACCACUAAGUCAGCAGAUUGCUACCUGCGCAGCAUCUCACGAAUCCCAUUCUCAUUGAUCACCUCGCGAAUCACCAUCUCCAUCCACAAUGAAUCGGCUGUUCGGAGCAAAGAAUACGGCUCCUAAGCCGACGCUGGACAGUGCAAUUUCAAAUGUAGAUAACCGCAUAUCCAGCAUCGACGUGAAGCUGUCAGCUCUUAACUCCGAACUUUCAACGUACCAGACCAAAAUCUCCAAGAUGCGUGAUGGACCGGGCAAGAACGCCCUCCGCCAGAAAGCACUCAAGGUACUACAACGUCGAAAGCAAUACGAGGCGCAGCGGGAUCAGCUGUCGCAGCAGUCGUGGAAUAUGGAGCAGGCAGCUAUGAUGCAGGAUAAUCUGAAGAAUGUUGCGACGACCGUCGAUGCGAUGAAGACGACAACAAAGGCUCUCAAGAAACAGUACGGCAAGAUCGAUAUUGAUAAAAUCGAGCGGAUGCAGGACGAAAUGGCCGACCUGAUGGAUGUCGGAAAUGAAAUUCAGGAGAGUAUAUCCCGGGCUUACGAUGUGCCUGAAGAGGUGGAUGAGGCGGAACUAGACGCCGAGCUGGAAGCGCUCGGUGAAGAAACCAUGUAUGAGGACUCGAUGGCUGAGAGCGCUAUGCCAAGUUUCAUGCAGGAUGAAGUGGCGCUUCCUCAGUUUAUUGAUAAGUCUCCUGAGGAGGGCAAAGUUAAGGAGGCUGCUAGUUAA